CGGCUCGGCUCGGCUCGGCUCGGCUCGGCUCGGCUGCCCGGUGCCGGCGCAUGGAGCUGAGCUGUGCCAUGGCGGGCAGCGCCGCCGCCCCGCCGGGCCCCGGGCCCCCCGCCGCCGCCGGCCCCGCGCUGAUGGACGGCGAGGAGUACGAGAGCCUGCCCAGCGGCGUCGCGCUCGGCACGCACAUGGUGGCCGGGGCCGUGGCGGGGAUCAUGGAGCACACGAUCAUGUACCCCGUGGACUCGGUCAAGACACGGAUGCAGAGCCUGCAGCCAGACCCCAAAGCCCAGUACAGGGGCGUGUACGAAGCUCUCAAGAAGAUGGUGCUGACCGAGGGGUUUUGGAGGCCUUUGCGUGGGAUUGAUGUCACCAUGCUGGGGGCUGGCCCUGCCCACGCCUUGUACUUCGCCUGCUACGAGAAAAUGAAAAAGUCUCUCAGUGAUAUUUUCCAUCCAGGAGGAAACAGCCACCUGGCCAAUGGCAUCGCUGGGAGCGUGGCCACGCUGCUGCACGAUGCCGUGAUGAAUCCUGCUGAAGUGGUGAAGCAGCGGCUGCAGAUGUUCAACUCCCCGUACACGUCGGUGCUGAGCUGCGUGCGGACGGUGCAGAGGACUGAGGGCUUUGGAGCCUUCUACCGCAGCUACACCACGCAGCUGACCAUGAACGUGCCCUUCCAGGCCAUCCACUUCAUCACCUACGAGCUGAUGCAGGAGCACCUGAACCCCCACCGCCAGUACCAGCCCCAGUCCCACAUCGUGGCCGGCGCCGUGGCCGGGGCCGUGGCCGCCGCCGCCACCACGCCCCUGGACGUGUGCAAGACGCUGCUGAACACGCAGGAGAACACGGCCCUGAGCUCCCUCAAGAUCAGGGGGCACCUGUCGGGCAUGGCCAACGCCUUCAGCACCGUUUACCAGCUGGGAGGGCUGCCCGGCUUCUUCAAGGGCGUCCAGGCUCGCGUCAUUUACCAGAUGCCCUCCACGGCCAUCUCCUGGUCCGUGUAUGAGUUCUUCAAGUACUUCCUGACCAAGCACGCGCUGGAGAAGAAACCAUCCUCGUGAAACGGGAGCGGGAGUCCCCUGGGGCUCCUCCUGCAGCCCAGCUGCAAUUCUGCUGCGUUCACAUCUCCACGUAUCCCUGCCUGAGAUUCCCGUGGUGCUCGGUCACUGAGUGCCCCAGGGGUUCCAGGGAUCCCUGUCACUGAGUGUGUCCUUGUCACUGAGUGUCCCAGGGAUCCCUGUCACUGAGUGUGUCCUUGUCACUGAGUGUCCCAGGGAUCCCUGUCACUGAGUGUGUCCUUGUCACUGAGUGCCCCAGGGAUCCCUGUCACUGAGUGUGUCCUUGUCACUGAGUGUCCCAGGGAUCCCUGUCACUGAGUGUGUCCCUGUCAUUGAGUGUCCCAGGGAUCCCUGUCACUGAGUGUGUCCUUGUCACUGAGUGUCCCAGGGAUCCCUGUCACUGAGUGUGUCCUUGUCACUGAGUGUCCCAGGGAUCCCUGUCACUGAGUGUGUCCCUGUCAUUGAGUGCCCCCAGGGAUUCUGGGGAUUCCUGGUCACUGAGUGCCCCAGGGAUUCCUGGUCACUGUGUCCCCCUGCCACUGAGUGUCCCCAGGGAUUCCUGGUCACUGUGUCCUUGUCACUGAGUGUCCCAGGGAUUCCUGGUCACUGAGUGUCCCCAGGGAUUCCUGGUCACUGAGUGUCCCCAGUGGUUCUGGGGAUCGCUGUUACCGAGUGUCUCCCUGUCACUGAGUGCCCCAGGGGUCCCAGGAAUUCCUGGUCACUGGGUGUCCCUGGGGAUUCCCAUGGUGCUUCCCAGGGAUUCCUUGUCACCCAGUGUGUCCCUGUCACUGGGUGUCCCCAUGGAUUGUGGGGAUUCUUGGUCACUGGGUGUCCCCAGGGAUUCCCUGUCACUCAGUGUGUCCCUGUCACUGGGUGUCCCCAUGGAUUGUGGGGAUUCCUGCUCACUGGGUGUCCCUGGGGGUUCUCCUGGUGCUCCCCCAGGAUUCCCAGUCACAGGAUGUCCCCAGGGAUUCCCAGUCACUCAGUAUCCCUGGGGAUUCCUGGUCACUGAAUGUCCCCAAGGAUUCCUGGUCACUGGGUGUCCCCAGGGAGUUGUGUGGUGCUCCUCAGGGAUUCCUGGUCACUCCGUGUUGCCUUGUCACCAAGUGUCCCUGGGGAUUCCUGGUCACUCAUUGUCCCCAGGGAUUCCCAUGGUGCUCCUCAGGGGUUCCUGUGGUGUCCCCAGGGAUUCCUGGUCACUCAGUGUCCCCAGGGGUUCCUGUGGUGCUCCCCAGGGGUUCCUGGUCACUCAGUGUCCCCCUGUCACCAAGUGUCCCCAGGGAUUCCUGGUCACUCAGUGUCCCCUGUGAUUCCUGGUCACUGAGUGCCUCUUUCCCUUCCUUAAACAACAACAAAAAAAAGAGUUUAUACAGACUUUGAUAUUAAUAUAUAUCUAUUUAAUAACUUUA